AUGACUGAAAAAAAAAGACAAAACACAUCCAAUCCCUUACCAAGACCAAAAAAUGUUGGGAUUAAAGGUAUGUCGAUUUAUAUCCCAAAAACUUAUGUCAACCAAGCUAGUCUAGAAAAGUUUGAUGGUAUCUCUGCUGGUAAGUAUACCAUUGGGUUGGGCCAAACUAAUAUGGCCUUUGUUAAUGAUAGAGAAGAUAUAUAUUCUAUGGCUUUGACUGUUUGCCAAGAUUUAUUAGCAAGUUAUAGCAUUGAUACUGCAAAUAUCGGUAGAUUAGAAGUUGGGACCGAAACUCUAUUGGAUAAGUCUAAAUCUGUAAAGUCAGUUCUAAUGCAAUUAUUCAAAGAUAAUUCUGAUAUCGAAGGGAUUGAUACGUUGAAUGCCUGUUAUGGGGGUACUAAUGCUCUUUUCAAUUCCAUCAAUUGGAUAGAAUCAUCCGCUUGGGAUGGUAGAGAUGCUAUUGUGGUUUGUGGGGAUAUUGCCAUUUAUGACAAAGGUGCUGCUAGACCUACUGGUGGUGCUGGUACUGUUGCUCUAUGGAUAGGUCCAGAUGCUCCAUUGGUAUUCGACUCUACAAGAGGUUCAUAUAUGGAAAAUGCUUACGAUUUCUAUAAACCAGAUUUCACCAGCGAAUACCCUUAUGUGGAUGGUCAUUUUUCCUUAACUUGUUAUGUUAAAUCCGUAGAUAAAGUUUAUGAUGCUUAUUUGAAAAAAGCUAUUAGAAAUGGAUUGAUUGAAGAAAGUGUUAAACCAUUAACUGAAUUUUUCGAUUAUAACGUAUUCCAUGUUCCAACUUGUAAAUUAGUCUCUAAAUCCUACGGUAGAAUCCUAUUCAAUGAUUUUAAGAGAAAUCCAAAAUUAGUUGAAUCAAUGGGGGGUAAUGAUGAUGAAUUGAAAAAAUUCUUAGAAUUAGAUUAUGAUUCUUCACUAGUUGAUAAGUUGUUGGAAAAAAAAUUCGUUCAAUUGAGUAAAUCAUUAUUUAAUGAAAAAGUUUCACAAUCUAUAACUGUGCCUACUAAUACUGGUAACAUGUAUACUGCAUCUGUUUAUUCAUCAUUGGCUUCAUUAUUAUACUUCCAAGGUUCAGAUGAUUUACAAGAUAAAAGAAUAGGUUUAUUUUCAUAUGGUUCCGGUUUGGCUGCCUCUCUAUUCUCUUUGAAAGUUAGAGGUGAUAUAAAUCAUAUUAUUAAUGUCUUAGAUUUAAAUAACAAAAUCUUCGAAUCAAGAAUUGAAAAGACUCCACAAGAAUAUGAAGCUGCGUUGACCUUGAGAGAAAAUGCUCAUUUAAAGAAGGAUUUCAUACCAGUAGGUUCCUUAGAUGAUUUACAUAAGAAUACUUAUUAUCUAACCAAGGUCGAUGAUAGAUUCAGAAGAGAGUAUGCUAUCAAGGAAUAA